UCGGCAGUCGGCAGUCGGCACUCGGCGCUCGGAGCCAGGGCCAGUCUCCUACAGCCGGCUAUUAUGCCGGCGCCCCGGAGCCGGUCGUCACGCGCCGCGCGCUUUCCGCCACAGCGCCGUGCCGUCCUCGUCCCCUCGGCGCACGUCUACGUUCGCCUCUCGUAGCCCGUAACGCACGCGAUUACGCGUUUUACGUCUAUACACCGGAAUGUAAAUAUUUAUGGAUGUCAGUUGUUAGUUGUUUAGAUUGGCUGUGAAAUUCAAGUGAGUGCAAGCGUGGCGGCGACCGGCUGGCGACGCCUCGGAUGUCUCUUCUGGGCAAGCCGCUCAGCUACCGCGCCACGCGUCGCGACGCGCGCUACCGACGCCUGCAAUCCAAGUUCUAUAAUUUCCUUGAACGGCCACGUGGUGUUAAGGCCGUCCUAUAUCAUAUGAUUGUGUUCCUGAUGGUGUUCAUGUGUUUGUCGCUGUCUGUUUUCUCCACCAUAGAAGAAUACGAGGCGAAAGCUGGCAUCGUCCUAUUCUAUAUGGAGACCGUAGUCGUCGUAUGGUUCGCUAUAGAAUUUUUUUUAAGGUUAUGGUCGUCAGGAUGCAGGUCACGAUACCAAGGAUCAAUGGGGCGCCUCAAAUUCUUGAGGCGCCCUUUCUGUAUAAUAGAUGUCACCACGAUAUUGGCAUCGAUGGUGGUUUUGGGCAUGGGUUCCUCUGGGCAGGUGUUCGCGGCGUCAGCUCUGCGCGGAUUGCGGUUCUUCCAGAUAUUACGUAUGGUACGCAUGGACCGGCGAGGAGGCACGUGGAAACUACUAGGCUCCGUCGUAUACGCACAUAGACAGGAACUAAUAACCACCCUAUACAUAGGCUUCCUGGGGCUAAUUUUUGCAUCAUUUUUGGUCUAUUUAGCUGAAAAAGAUGUAGCGGACACCAAGUUUAAAAAUUUUGCCGAAGCUUUGUGGUGGGGAGUGAUCACGCUGUGCACUGUGGGAUACGGAGAUAUGGUACCACAAACCUGGCAGGGAAAAUUCAUAGCUUCAUUUUGUGCCCUACUCGGAAUAUCCUUCUUUGCUCUCCCUGCUGGUAUUUUAGGAUCAGGAUUCGCUUUAAAAGUCCAACAACAACAACGUCAGAAGCAUAUGAUAAGGAGACGUCAGCCAGCGGCUACCCUCAUUCAGGCACUAUGGCGGUGCUAUGCGGCGGACGAGCACUCUAUGAGCAUAGCUACUUGGAAAAUACAUCAAGUUCCUCUCCCUAGUCCGCAAACAAGUCGGGUGAUGAGUGCAUCAUUCAAGAACAAUGCGUCCUUUGUGUCGCGGUUGCCGACAAUCCGACGGCACAAAAGUACUUCACUGCACUCCCCUGCGCCGCACUCAAAGCCCGCACAUCGAUACGACGUCAACGCCAGUGCUGAAAACCUUGGCGCGACGAAUGGCCGAUCAGGGCGCAAUCGAGCCGUCAACCCUUCCUACAGCGAGGACUCAGUGGCGGAGACGGCGCUCUCCAAGAAAAACUCCGACGACGAGGACGAGGAGCCGCGCUGCGUCACGUUGACUUCGCGACACAAAGCUGCCAUCCGUUUUAUAAGAAAGCUCAAGUAUUUUGUCGCGCGCAAGAGAUUUAGAGAAGCGUUGAAACCUUACGACGUGAAAGACGUGAUAGAACAAUACUCAUCGGGGCACGCUGAUCUUCUAAACAGAACGAAGAACCUGCAAUACAGGUUAGACCAAAUUCUUGGCAAGCAAGGUUCAAAGGCUAAAGAUGUUUACGCAUCUAAGAUUAGCCUAGCUUCCAGAGUAGUUAAAAUUGAAAGACAAGUAGAUGAUAUAGAAAAUAAGUUGGAUCACUUAUUAGAGAUGUAUGAAGAAGAUAGACGGUCGUCGAGGAGGAUGCGUAAUGAGCUUGAUGGAGGUGCUGAGAGUGGAACAUCAGGGGAGAUGCAGCUGAGAACACGUCCAGCCAUACAGGAGAAACAGUGCUCGGAACCAAACUCACCUGUCUCUAGAACAUUUGAACAUCCUGUACCGACCUCCGCGCCCCCCAUACCCCAUAAACGACCCAUGAACAGAGGAUAUUCUGAUCUAGGCACUAGGUUUAUGAGGAAGAAAGUAAUUGUGAAAACAUCAUCCAGCCGUUGUACAGAAUCGCCGAGAGACGAUGAAGUGGUAAUUGUGGUGCCGACGGAUCGUGAAGAUACUCCUCCGCGGAUCGUCACGGACAGUUCAGAAGUAUGCGGAAGUUGUUCCGUAGAAGUGGAAACGGAGGCGGAGGCCGGCGGCUCGAGGUCUGGCAGCUCAGGGUCGCCGUCGUGGUGUGAGGGUGACGGUGCUGAUGAAAGAGACUAUGGCUCCGGUGACUCCCUCGCUGAGGAUGCCGCCUUACUAGGCGAAGUACAGCCUGGACACCCUCGAAUCAUGCGUCCGCAAAGACGAGAUGUUGCCGUCGACUUACACCUCCUUCGACCCGAUGUAUGAGCAAAGAUACCAUCGGCCGACCGAUACAAUUCAUUAACUUUGUGUAAGAAAUUCUCUCGUGACAUAAAAUGGGGCGAACUUCUUAAUCAGACUUGACUCUAGUGCCGUACUAUAAAUUUAACAACGAUUAAUGUACUGUGUUAUACCUAAGUCAUCGAUUCCAGUCGUUUUAUGUAAUGUAUAAAGACCAAAGACUCGAUAUAGACAUGGUAACUAAGUAAUAAAUUAUGAUAAUAUAUAGUAUUACGCUUAAAACGCCCAACUGCUUAUAAAUAGCUUACAAUACCUGUAGAUUGAGGCUUCUAAUCUUACUAUAAGUAUUAUAGUUAAUUUAAGAAUUUACAACCUUAAUUAAUCGUAAAAGCGUUCAAUACUUUAAAAAUAUGAAGCGAUAAAAUAUUAUAUAGUAAACACUACACACAAGGCAAUGUUUUGUAAAAACACGCAGAUUACUUAGAGUACUAUUUGUUCAGUUUGCGACAAUUUAAGUUUUAUUGUUCACUCUAUUAGAGAAUAUUUAUUCUGUUGAUAAAUUUAAAUAUAUAUAAAUUUGUUGUAUAUCUUUAUUAAUUUAAGACGAAUGCUAGUCAACUCCGCUGUGUAAGUCAAAUUGUGUGGUUGGAAAUUUUUAAAUAUUUCCUGUUUAACGUCUUACAUUUUAAAUUAUGUAAUUAAUUAUAAAUCUAAAAA